AGCGCGGAAAAAACUGAGCAACCCGCAAAGAAUGAAAAGCCUGUGACGAAGAGCGUAUCAGGUGUGGUUAAGUGGUUCAAUGUGAAGAAUGGCUAUGGCUUCAUUAACCGCACUGAUACAAAUGAGGAUAUUUUUGUCCAUCAAACAGCAAUUUCCAACAACAAUCCGAACAAGUUCCUUCGUAGCCUCGGAGAUGGAGAGGAGGUGAUGUUCGAUGUUGUCGAAGGAGCAAAAGGACCCGAAGCCUCCAAUGUUACUGCUAAAGAUGGAGGACCAGUCCAAGGAUCGAAGUACGCUGCCGACCGUAAUUCUGAACGUGGAGGACGACGUUACAGGCGCCGUAAUUUCUAUAGAGGUGGACGUCGUGGAGCACCAGCUGGUGGUGAAGGGCGUGACUCAGGAGGUUUUGCCAAUGAUCACGACGGAGAUCGUCCAGAGGAAGUUCGAACUGGUUUUCUUCCAUAUGUUGCCUGCCAUAUAUGGCAGAGAUAUGACAAAAGAUACAGUUCGUAG